GGAGUUUGGAGAGGGAUGGAAGAGAGGAUCGGUGUGUUGAUGUUGAAAUGGAGGGGUAGAGAGGGACCCGUUACAAAAGCAUAGCCGCCGGUGAAUCGGCCUUCAGUCGGCCAAAGCCAACACACAGCACUCGCUGUCACUGUCAGUCUGUCUCUGCUUUCACUCAGACAUCUUCCAUCUCUCACUGUCAAACUCUCUAUUCAUUUGCCAAGUUCGGAAUAGUAAGUUAGUUUCGGACCAAGGACCCGCGUUUUCUGAUUCCCGCUUCCCGACUCACGCGAACGCGAACCGUCAGCAUGAGACCAAAGCCGGAUAUUUUCAGCCACCUGUGCUCCUGCUACGGUGAUCUGGUUAUCAGUGAGGACUCUCAGCAGGAUGAGGGCCUUCACAACGAGAUAAGGGAGCAUUGCUCGGACAUGAUUUUGUCAGAUGAGCAGCUGAAGCAGGUGAUGUGCAAACUGAACUGUGCCAUCAACGAGGGUCUUGCCAAGAAGUCACACGACGAUGCCAUUGUCAAGUGCUUCGUCACCUAUGUGCAGGACCUUCCCACUGGAAAAGAAAAAGGAAAAUUUCUGGCAUUGGAUUUAGGAGGAACGAACUUUCGAGUGCUGCUGGUAACACUCGCACCAGGAGACUUUGAUAUGAAAUCAAAAAUUUACGCCGUGCCUGAUUCUAUCAUGAAGGGAACUGGAGAAAAAUUGUUUGACCACAUCGCUGAGUGCCUGUCGGACUUUGUGACGGAGCAGGGCGUGAAGGACAUCAGCCUCCCGCUGGGAUUUACGUUCAGCUUCCCGCUGUCGCAGGAGGGACUGUCACGCGGCAUCCUCAAGACGUGGACCAAGGGCUUCGACGCCAGCGGGGUUGUCGGCGAAAAUGUCGUUGAACUACUCGAACAGGCCAUCGUUCGCAGAGGGGAUGUAAAAAUCGAAGUAAUUGCAGUAUUAAAUGACACAACAAGUACGCUAAUGUCAUGUGCUUAUGAUAAGCUUGAUUGCAGGGCUAGCGUUAUUAUCGGUACUGGAUGUAACGCCUGUUAUGUUGAGAAAGUAGAGAAUUGUGAGAUGUACGAAGGUGAUCAGUCGAAACCAGAGAUGAUUGUGAACACAGAGUGGGGUGCAUUCGGAGAUGGUGGAGAACUGAAGUUCAUCAGGACACAAUACGAUUGUGAAGUGGACAAGAACUCGAUAAACCCCGGCCGUCAGUUAUUUGAGAAGAUGAUUUCGGGCAUGUACAUGGGCGAGCUGGCGCGCCAAAUAAUCGUGAAGUUCACCAAGGACAAGCUGCUGUUCUGCGGCAAGGGUUCCGACACACUGAUGAAGAAGUACGCGUUCGAGACGCGCUUCGUGUCGGAGAUCGAGUCGGACCCGGCUGGCGUGUACGACAAGUGUCGUGGUGUGCUGCGAAACGAACUGGGUCUGACGCACGCCAGCGAGCAGGACGCCGUCAAUGUGCGUUUCAUCUGCGAGUGCGUGAGUCGGCGAGCGGCCGACCUCUGUUCCGCUGGCCUGGCCACCCUCAUCGACAAGAUGCCCCACUACCCGACCGUCACCAUCGGAGUCGACGGAUCUGUCUACCGCUACCAUCCUCACUUCCACAACCUCAUGAUGGCCAAGAUCAGGCAGCUCUGCAGGCCCGACUGCCAGUUCAAGCUGAUGCUGUCACAGGACGGAAGCGGGCGGGGAGCAGCGCUGGUCGCCGCAGUCAUCAGCAAAUCAGGUACCAUAAGUCUGAAAGAUGCCAAUGCCGCCGUCGCCUAAUCUACAUUUGAGCUUUAGUUUCUAUAUUUAUUUCACUGCUGUCAUCUAUGUAAAUAUAGCAAGUUGUUUUGUUAUGUUGUAGAGUAUAAGUUAUGGCGUUGUACAAUGCACAAUGCUAUAGCCCUUGUAUAUCAUUAGCAAAAUUAUCAAGAGUUGGAAAAGUUCGGCCAUUUUACGCGUAGUAAAUUAUUAUGACUAUUUAGGUUUAGCGUUUGAAUUGAAUUUUGGGUUUGUACUGAUAGUUCUUCCCCAGUGCCAGCUCAUCAUGAUAAUUAUUAUGAAGGAUGUUAUUAUCUCAAGUAUGUGGAAAGUUUUUUUUCGCACUUGGAGCUAUUCGAGAUGGUUGUGUAGAGUAAAUAAUAUUCGAUAUUAUCGAAUUAACUUUAUUAAAUAUCUAUUAUAGUAAACUUUAAAUGUGGACCUGUAACCUAACAAUAUUAUUGUACUCAAAAUCGUUUUAUCAUUCCUUAGCAAUCCCUGUUCUGUUUUAAAACAAGCUUUUAUAAUGUAAUCUUUUAAUUAUCAGGCCUACGCUUUUUUAAUUCGCACUGUGUAUCACUAUAUAAUUAUGACAACUUCAGUAAAAUCGUGAAUGAAGUAUUUUUAGAUAUCUGUAAAUUUGUUGGGGUGUUUUAAUUUUUCAUGUUGUGAUAUAUUUUAGAGCUAUAAAUUGUUUUUUCGGCUGUAUCUACUUAUUUGUAUAAUAAAUUCGAAUUGUUUUUCAAGUACAUGUAGAAACUUGAUGUUUCAUUAGUUCAACUAGCCAAAAAGUUGUUUUCCAUGAUGGUAUACUAUUGUAUUGAUAUUGAAUUAUAAAAUAAACGAGACAUAGGAUUGCUUCAAUUGUAUAUCACAAAAACGGACAUUUAGAGACAUUAUGUUAUUUUAAGAUUGAGUGUUUCAAUAUUUUAUAUGAUGUCAUCAUGCCACUUCUUCACAAACACAUUUCUCAAACUUUAAUUCUUCCUUGAUUAAUGAGAUCUAAGAUUACAAAAAAUAAUUAAUAAUUGCGAUUUGUAUUGAAUAAGCUAUGAGAAUUUAGGUAGUUCAAGAUAAUUAAUUUUCAUUGUUAUUGUAAUUUACUAUUUGUUCUCAUUUGGAUAACCACUUAGUCUGCGAAUUAUUUCAUCAGUUUACUGGUUAUCAAUUAUUUUUUGUACUUAAUUUGUUCACAUAUUUUCAUAUUUGAUGAAAUUCUAUGAGAGAUUACUGAAAAGGGUCUAUGUGAAGGCGAUUCAAAAACUACUUGAUCUAAGAAUAAUUUCAUGAGAAAAGAAUUCCAUCAUCAUGAUUCAUUUCAAUUGUAAUUGCAAAUUUAAAUGGCCGAAAUUAAUUCAAAAGAUCGUUUAAUGGAGUUACAUAAAUAAAAUUACUAGAAAAAUGUAUAGUCAAUAGUUGUGAAGAUAUUUCAUCGCCAACAAAAUAUCGAUACAGGCUAUCCAGUUGAUUAUUAAUAAAAUAUCUAAUUUAUAGUGAUCAUUAGAUUAUAAAAAUGUUUGUAUACAUAAAAAAAUAUUUUAAUAAUAGCUUGUAGAUUAGUUAUUACAUAUUGAUAUAAAUAUAGAGUAUACUGUAUGAUAGAUUUUAGAUAAUAUAUUUUUACUUAGCAUAAUGCUAACGAGUUUGUACAGAGAAAAAAACUAUUUUUUAUAGGAAGUUCAUUGUUACUACUUUUAUAUACUGAAACUCGUUGCCUGAACGAAUCGAUUACUGUCAAUAGAAAUUUAAAUUUCCUUGAUGCUUUUUCAAUAUUAUGUUUAUAAAUAUCGUAAUUCAUACAUAUUAAACUAAGUUAUUUUCUGAAACAUAGACCUCCUAUUCUAUUUCUUGGAACCAUCUUUGAUAUCUGUUUAUUUAGUGAGCUGUUUUGUUGCAAAAUUUCAUCUUUUUUAUAAUAAUAAUUAUGAUCAUUGAAUAAAAUGGUUUAUGAGACUACA